AUGGCCGCCGCCGUCGUCCCCGACGUCCUCGCAGGCCACCUCGGCCACCUCGCCCCCGACCAGGAGCGCGCCUUUGCCAGCUUCAAGGACGUCCUCAGCAGCGCCCGCCUCUACUCGCCCCCCGCCGGCACCGCCCCCGCGUCCCACGACGACCCCACUCUCCUCCGCUUUCUGCGGGCACGCCGCUUCGACCCGAACAAGGCGCUCAAACAGUUCCAGGACGCCGAGGCAUGGCGCAAGCAGCACCGCGUCACCUGGCUAUAUGCGACCUUUGACCCCGACGAAUUCGAGUCCACGCGCAGGUUCUACCCUCGCUGGACAGGCCGUCGCGACAGGAAUGGCCUCCCGGUGUACGUCUACCGCCUAGCUUCCCUCGCACCUAUCAAGUCCGAGCUGGACGCCGUACCACCCCCGCGCCGCUACCAGCGCAUUGUGGCCCUCUACGAGACGAUGACCCGCUUCGUCCUCCGCCUCUGCUCCCAUCUACCGCAUGCCACCUCCCCCACACCCAUCUCAUCCGUCACCACGAUCAUCGACCUCGAGAACGUCUCCCUCGGUGCGAUCUGGAGCCUCCGCGGCCACCUGCAGGAGGCCUCUGCGCUCGCGACGGCAAACUACCCCGAGACGCUGAGCACCAUCGCGGUCGUCAACUCGCCGUCGUUCUUCCCCACUGUCUGGAGCUGGGUGAAGCCCGUCUUUGACGAGGGCACGCAGCGCAAAGUACACGUCCUCGGUAAGGAUCCGGGACCCGUCCUGCGCACCCUCAUCGACCCACAGAACCUUCCGCGUCCUUACGGAGGCGAGCUCGACUGGAAGUUUGAGGACGAACCCUCCCUUGACGAGGAUACCAAGAACGUGAUCGGAACUAUGCCCAAGGGCCCAGUCGAGUUCGUGGACGGCGAGGUCAGGAAACCCCCGGUCCCACCGGACGCGCCUCCCAAGUAGUAGAGCGUUCAUGCAUAUGUUCUUGGUGGACUACGGAAAUGUACAUAUCGCGUGCAGUGGAGAGAACAAGAAGCAUAUGCGUGCAGUGGAGAGAACAAGAAGCAUAU